GGCGUGUUUCGUUGUUCGUUACGCUUUUCGCGUGAUCUGUAAUAAGUUGAAUUUUUCUUCCUCUCUUCGUGCUUCUGAGCAAUGUCUUGAGGAACCUUAUCGAAGAGUGACGUUAGCUGGUGCGUGUCCAGUCCUAGCUGCUGAAACUGAAGAAUGUACAAGAAGUUGUAUAUGAAAUAUUUUCCACGAUGGAUCCCUACGAGAGUACUGAUCUGCUUGAUGAUGUUCACGGCAUGUUGGACCAAUUACAUGUGCCGUUUACAAAUGCCAAUCCUUGCUGUACCGAUGAUAAAAGCUCUGCCAGGUAACGCUACCGGAGGUGUGUGCAGGACAGAAUCAUCUCGGGCUCGUCGUGCACUCGCCUGGUUGGAUCCUGGCGCUUGGUUGGAGGAUCAAAUUCUGGCUGAAAAAUUAGAAGCAGCUGAGGCGGUUGUGAAUCCAGAGGCACAUAAUAUUCGAGUGCAAAGGGAGACAGAAGCGCGAGAAACUCGCAAAUCAGGAGGCAGUAUACAGCUGUUUAAUGGUCUGCCUUUCGACUGGUCUACCAGCGUUCGAGGGCAGCUGAUCGCUGCUUACAGCUAUGGGAAUGUUCCUGGCAAUUUUCUGGGUGGUGUAAUGGCUCUGAAGUGGGGAGCGAAGCGUGCGAUUCUCUGGACAUCAGUGAUAGCAUGUUUGGUGUCUCUGAUCAGUCCUAUCCUUGCACAACUCCACUGGGGCGUACUUUUAGUCUCCAGAAUAAUAAUUGGCGUAACUGGUGGUGUGACUUUUCCAGCGUGUCACACUUUGGUCGCGAAAUGGGCUCCUCCUGACGAGAAAGCUCGUUUCGUUUGGUCUUUGCUGGGUGGUACAUUUGGUACUAUUCUAACAUAUCCUAUGGUAGCUGCAAUCGCGGAGAAAACGACUUGGGAAAGCGGCUGGUACAUCCCUGCGUUGAUGAUGAUGAUCUGGAUUAUUUUCUGGGCUAUACUGGCAUACGACUCGCCUGAGGAACAUCCUGGUAUCUCUGAAGAGGAGAAGCAGCUUAUCCUAACCGCGCAGGAGGGCACAGUGAGGAGCGAGAAGCCUACGUUCAAAGAAACACCUUUGAAAGAAAUAUUCACUUCCAUUCCGUUCAUCAGUUUGGUCCUUUGCCACUUUGGAAAUAUGUUCCUUCUGUUCUUCUAUCAGAACUCGAUGAUGUUGUAUCUUACGAAGGCUCUUGGAUUCGAGUUGACCAAGGGAGGAAUAGCAGCUGGUCUACCAUGGGCUGGAAGAAUGAUUCUUGGAUUUUUCUUUAGCUGGGCCGGUGAUAUGAUGAAAAGGAAACAAAUUGUUUCUAUUACCAUACUUCGUAAGGGCGCUACUAUAUUCUCUCAUCUUCUUCCUGGUAUCUUCCUCAUCCUAGUUGGCUACGUUGGAUGCAGAUUCGUCCUGGCUAAUGUGUUCCUAGUGUUAGCACUUGGUUUCAACGGAGCGGCGAGCAUCUCGAAUUUAUCCAACAAUCAGGAUCUUUCGCCAAACUUCGCUGGUUUCCUAUACGGUAUCAUGAAUACAAUUGGUUGUACUUCAGGCAUGAUCAUUUCACCUUUGACAGAAGAGAUAGCCGGAAAAUAUGGGAAUCCUAUUGACAGAUGGCAGACGUUGUUCUGGAUCGGUUCAGCGGUGUGCAUAGUUUGCAUGAUCAUUUUCUUAUUCGGCGGAAGCGGAAACAUCCAACCAUGGAACGAAAUUAAACCGCAGAGAGAUGAAGAGCGUGCAAGGAAUUAAUAACUGGUGAAGACUGGAAUUUUUGUUGACGUUCUGUGAAACGAAGAAGUUUGAAAAGCUAGUAUUAAGGAAUAAAUUGUGAGUUACACGUUACGAACUUUCACUUCAAUGAGAAUUAGGAUUGUCAAUUUUACCGUCAAUAUUGAUCGGGACGUUGACGAUGUAUUAUGUAUCGUGAAACGAAGAAUAGUGCAAAUAUAUUUUAUAGAUUUACCACGACACGAACAUGUUUUAUGUUCGUGAAAAUUAUAGC